CCAUUUUAACACAACCUGUUACUCUGAAAGGACAGUUGAUGACAUUUUAAGUCAUUACAUUUAAAGGACAACCUAAGGUUGUCCCCAGGAAGACCUGGAUAUCUGUUGAGAGACAACAGAUAUAGAUUCUUCUUGAUUAAAGAGUUUGAGAUUUUUUUAGACUGCCGAUUUGAGGGAGAAAAGAGCAUAUCCAGUUUUUCAAAUUCCCUUCCCCCUUUUUUAAGGAAUGGGCUCGAGGUUUGGGAUUGGUUGGGGAUCACAAUUAUGAUCUUUGAUAGGGGAAAGAAUCUACAUUAAAGAUUUUAGUUUUUUAGUUUUAUUUUAUUGGUAUAUAAAGUAAGAAGCAUCAGGAAACUGGCGGCCUCUAGACUCCCUCAUAACAGUUCUGGGGAUAAAGAAAAACACCCACAAAGGUCAUGCAAUAGACACGUGGGGAGUAGUUCAAUGAAUAUGGCCACAUCUACUAUUUUUCCCUCAACAGGUGACACCCUCACUGACCUCCAGAAACUGCGUAGAGAUUUAUAUUCAUGUCGUUACUGUGCCCUGUUGCCUUCUAAGCAAUCAGAUGGUGUAGAAGAAAGCCUGAACCCUUGAAGAGGGACCCUUGCCCUAAUUCUCCUCCAGGCCAAUACCCUGUGACUCCUUGAAAAAGGAGAAGACCUAAGGUGCAGAUGUCAAGGGUCCUGCUUCUAGAAAGCUGGGACCAUAUUCUUGCGGGGAAAGCCUCUUGACCCCUCCAAUGACUUCAGCCUUUCCAGAUUCCUUCGGACUGAGUUGUCCUUUGACACCUGAUCGGUUUGCUUGCUAGAAGAGCAGGAAUAAGCCAACACAAUGGACUGGGGUACCCUGCACACGUUCAUCGGGGGUGUAAACAAACACUCCACCAGCAUCGGGAAGGUGUGGAUCACCGUCAUCUUCAUUUUUCGCGUCAUGAUCCUCGUGGUCGCCGCUCAAGAGGUGUGGGGUGACGAGCAGGAAGAUUUUGUCUGCAACACGCUGCAGCCAGGGUGCAAAAAUGUGUGCUAUGACCACUUUUUCCCUGUGUCCCACAUCCGGCUGUGGGCCCUGCAGCUCAUCUUCGUGUCCACCCCGGCCCUGCUGGUAGCGAUGCACGUGGCCUACUACAGGCACGAGGCCGCCCGCAAAUUCAGGCGAGGAGACAAGCGAAAUGAAUUCAAAGACCUCGAAGACAUUAAAAAGCAGAAGGUCCGGAUAGAGGGGUCCCUGUGGUGGACGUACACCAGCAGCAUCUUCUUCCGCAUCAUCUUCGAAGCAUCCUUUAUGUACGUCUUUUACUUCCUUUACAACGGGUACCACCUGCCCUGGGUGUUGAAAUGUGGGAUUGACCCUUGCCCCAACCUUGUCGACUGCUUUAUCUCGAGACCUACUGAGAAAACCGUGUUCACCAUUUUUAUGAUUUCCGCAUCUGUGAUUUGCAUGCUGCUUAACGUGGCCGAGCUGUGUUACCUGCUCCUGAAAGUGUGUUUUAGGAGAUCGAAAAGAGCACAGACACAGAGAAAUCACCCCAAUCAUGCCCUAAAAGAGAGUAAGCAAAACGAAAUGAACGAGCUGAUUUCAGAUAGUGGUCAGAAUGCGAUCACAGGCUUUCCAAGCUAAACAUUUCAAAGCACGGUGUAGCCGACUCAUAACAAAAGUGGUGUCUUCUCCUGAAGGCAAUGCCCACCUAAAAAUCCCCUCUAUAGACUGAAGACUUUGUCUUUAUAAAUGGCUUUCAUAAUCCAUAGACACUUGCGUUAACUUUUUCUAGAAUAAUUGGUGCAGUAAUACGCAACGUAGUCGAGUAUGUGGCCCAUCUCUGAAAACUAAGACACGAUGGCCACUGUGCCUUGAAGUAACCUUAACACGUUAAAUGGACUGUCUUAGUAGGUGUUUCCCGAAAAUUGUGUAACUGUUGUUGGUAAAGAACAUUUAUCUAGAAAUUGAUACUUUGAUUAGUAAAAGGUAUUUUUAUAGGAUUGGAGGUUUUAGUUCUGACUUUGAAUUCAUAUAAAGUAUUUUUAUAAUGACUGGUCUCUCUUACCUGGAAAAACAAACGAUGCUAGCGUUAGGACGGUGCCACACGUGUCUAAAUUUCGAACUUGUGGAGAGUCUGCCUUGUUGUAAGCAGCGUGUUGUGUGGUCUGCUGACAAAUGUACGAGCUGUCGUGAUACUCUUAAGGUGGACAUCGGUCAUCGUACAACACGUUUUUAUCGCUUUCCGAAUGUAGACAGAGCUGUACGGGGAAGCGGGGCGCUUCUGGAAACUGGCCGGUGUGCAGCCGUGGCGAACGGCCGAAAGCAGAGCGCUCGCCUCAAUAAAGAUCAGCCCGUGGCUUACCUUU